AUGGGUCGCCUCUCUCGAUCCAAGACCGUAGGCCACGGCUUCGGUAUCCUCGAGGACACCUCUGGUCUCAGCCACCAUGCCUCAUCCGACGCAAUCGGCGCUCACACCUCCACCCACCUCGCUGCUCUCGAAGAUUGUGACACUAACAGCCGCCAAAGAACGUCGGAGUUCAUCGACUCUUUAACCGACAAACUCAAGGAACUACAUAUUUACAGUCCUAAAAAAAACCGCGCCGAAAGAUCACUGCUGCAACCUGCGCGACGCCGCUUGACUCGAUCGUCCAUUGACAACAAAACCUUCCCAACCCUUCAACACAUCAGGGAAGAAGUUGAAAUCUGUGACGGAAACUCGACCGUGACUAGCCCUACGCAAGGACCAUUCCCUGCCGACCUACCUCAAGAGACCAAAGAAGACGAGGGUAUCCCGUCGUCAACUGAAACACGUGCUGCCGUACCUACUUCCCCCCGUCUGUCGUCGAAUUCACUUGAAGCCAACAGAUCCGACUUCUCUUCUCAAGUCCUACGCGCAACUGGCCUCGAACGCCACCAUCCUGACAUCGAUUCUAACAUCGAGACGUCCAUCGCACGGCACAGGGCAGGUCAGUAUGACUAUGUACUUUCGAUUCCGAACCCAGACGGCUCGGCUAAGCGCGACAAUGCGCUCCGUGGACGAGGAGACUCCAUGCUAGACUAUGGCUGCAACGUCUUGGUCCCGGCCGACCGCACUGAGGAAGCUUUCUGCAGUCAGCGCAAACCGGCUAAUGCCUUCAAACUUCUAGCUACACCUCUGAUAACUGACGAAGAAACUUGGAGUGCGUCGUAUUCAUCUUCAGAAAACGAGGACAACAUGGCUGUUGCAGAACCACUUGUUCGGCAUGUUUCUCCAGCGCCUGCUGGACAAGAAAAUUCCAUGACAAAAUCUGCCAUAACUGUAUCCGUCGUUGAUCAGAGCCAUUCCAAGGAGUCCUCUUUGGAUCACGUCAGCCACCCCAAGGACCGAGUAGUUUCCUUCUCGUCUACAGACGAGAGCAGCGGCCCGAUGGACGACGUUCCCCGCACUCCUUCCAGGUCGACCUCAAGCAGCUCGCGGUCUCGAAUUGAGGACUCCGUGGAAGCCAUUGAUAAACUCGAGGAGGAAUUGGAGGCCAUAAAUACACGCUUGGCGACACCAAGCAAGUCGCGACGAAUUCAAUCUAUGACCGAUGAGUCUACCACUACAGCCUCCACAAACGAAACGGUCUUCAAGCGGCCCGCCUCGACACUGAAGCGCACCCAAUCAAUUGGCGCUGCAGCAAGAACAUCAUCCCAGGCACGCGCAAGCCAGAGGAAUUCUGUUAACUUUGAUAGCGACACCCAAAAUGGAUCACCCGGACAGGCCCUUGCUAGAAGGCCUGCUGUGGCUCGUCCAACCAGUCUGCUGCCCCCCAAGCCGCCUGCCAAAUCCAAAAAGGCACCUACGAAGCCCUCGUUUGAGCUGCCAGGAGAGGCCGUUGCUCGCCGUAUCAAGGAGCAGCGCGAAAAUCGCCUGGCUCAACAGGCCCAGGAGAAAGCCGCUGCGGCAGUCCCCCAGCGAACUAGAUCACUCAAGGCCCCGACCCGGCCCAACUUUGAGCUACCUGGCGAGGCGAUUUCCAGGCGCAAGAGGGAGGAACGAGAUGCCCGUCUCCAAAAACAAGAAGAGGAUGAGCGAAGGCGUCGCGAGUUCAAAGCGAGUCCUAUCAAGGCGAGGCUUGGUUCCGCUGCGCAACCUCGGGAAACUGUGGCUAGUCGAGCUCGCCAGAACAAGGGAUCCGAGGCCAGCGACAUGGAAAGCCCGUCAAAGCGCUCAACAAUUGUGGGCACCCCUCGUACACUUGCGAGGUCAAGUUCCACGAGGUCACCACAGGCUCGCGGCAGAGGUACCUCACAAGCCGGUCCGGAAACUCAGCUCAGCCGUACUACAUCUACAUCUACGGGCAGCAUGAGCAGCAAGCGAAGCGCGCUAUCCGUCGAGGAAAUUGAGCAACAAAAAGUCAAGGGUCGCGAAAUCUUCCACCGCGACAACUCUUACAUCGAAGACAAGGAGCGGGAGCGCCGCGAACGCGAGUGGAAUGCUAAGAUGGCCCGCGAGCAAGCUGCGGAACGCUCCAGGCAAGCGAGCCGAGAGUGGGCUGAGAAGCAGAGACGCAGGCAGCUAGCUGUCCUGGCUGCCACGGCGGGCCAAGCAGCAUGA